AACCUCAAAUUUAUUGUUUACAUUUUGUAUUUACUUUUCUGCAGAUUCUUGAAUUACGUGUUUUUCUUUUAUUUUUGAGGCAUGGACAUCUCCAAGGGAGGAAACCGUGCGGCAAAUGGAAAGGUUCUCCCGAAUCAGGCACAGAGGCGCCUCCUGAGACAAUUUGUGGCUGAAAAGCAGGAAAAAUGCCAAAAGGCUGGUAUCAAACCCAUUCGAUUUAAGCUACAGGACUUCCGGAAGUGGACACCUGAGUUAAAUAAACUCGGACCUCCGAUGAGAACAUGUGUCAGAUGGAAGAAUUGUUGGUUCCACCAUCGACGAAAGAGGAAUUUCUUUGAGUUCUACUAUGAGAAAGUGAGGGAAAAUUAUCAGAAAGACAAGGAGGAUGUGAGUGAAGUGAAGCAACCAAAAAAGAGGGUUGUCUCAAGAAAAAUGCAAAUGAGAAAGUUUAUCGAGAUACUGAAGCGGAAAAGGGAGGAAAGUGAAGCGAGAGGAGAACCAGUUACAAUAAUUACAACAGCAGAUUUUGUAAAAUGGACAAAGAUUCUCAACAAACUUGGUCCAGCUCAUCCAGUUGACAAAUGGAAAAUGACCUGGAAAACCAUAAAGAAACAGAAGAAAGAAAAUUUGUAUUUUAAACCAGAGGAUUUUGGUAAAUAUAAAGAAAUUGGCUGUGGAUCAUCUGAAGAGUUUUAUUUGAGUGAUGACGAUUCCUCUGAAGAUGUAGAAGCUCUGCUUACCAAAGAAUACAGUAGAAAUGAUAAGGAAGAAGUUCAGAUUAAAAGUAACAGUGUUAAUAGGGGAAAAAGAAGAAGAAAGAAAAUGUCUGGAGACGAAGAUUGUGAUGCAGCUAAUCCCGAAGAGAUUAAUCAGAAUUUUUCGAAACUCUGUAGAAUUUGUCUGAAACAGAGCAAUAAAUCGAUGAAGACUUUUGUUGAUGGAUCCUAUAAGAAUAUCUCCUAUUUGGAUAUCUAUCAGGAAUGCAUUGGGGAACCUUUCAAAAUCUACAGUUUCUGUUCAACAGACAUUUGCGAUGUCUGCGAAAAGAGUUUGAUUAAUAUGUAUGUGUUUCGGGAGACGUGUCUACAAACUGACACAAAGUUGUCCUUCAUUGAGAACCAGAAAGAGGAGGAACUCUCUGACGAACUUGCAGAUAAUUCAGAAGAGGAUAGCAUGAACGAUGCACAAGAAUCUCAUGAGGAAGUUGGGAGUGAAGAAAUGGAUGUCCUUGAAGAAAAGUCAAUUCCUGAGGAUAUCGACGACAGUCUUCACAAAAAGGACAAAUAUCUCAGUAUUGGAAAUUCAGCAAAUGAUCAAAAUGAUAUUUUCAUACAAGAUAAAGUAAUUAUCCCGGAGAAUUCUAAAUUGAGCACCAAGGAUGAAAGUGAAAAUACAUUUUCUCCAUCUCUUCAUUCGAUCCCUGACAGAGGAAUUGAUCAGAAAAGAGAUUCAAAUUCUGAUUGUACCAUAGACUCAAAUUCUGAACAUAGUAUCUAUGUGGAAAGAUGUAGUGAUGCAACUGAUGAGGAUAGUAAUGCAGAAGAGCCAAGAAUACGAAAUUCAUCCAUUGAAAAUCCAAUAACUGAGGACAUAAAGAAGGUGAAGAAAAAAGAGAGGCCAAAUAAAGCGCAAAUAGCCCUACUUAGGAAAUUGGUUGCAGAUAAGAAGAGUGACAAUGAGAAAUUUGGUGUUCGAGAUUUUCGACUGAAGAAAUUCGAUUUCAAACGCUGGGCUCCCCAAUUAAAUGCUCUUGGACCUCCUGUUAGACCUUUGCUCAAAUGGAAAGAUUGCUGGUUCAUACACAACAAGAAGAAAAAUGGAUUUUACGAUUUUAUGUACAGAAACUCAAGAAAACGUUAUCGUGUGGAUAAUCCAUCAGAUGAGCUCAACACUCAAAGUUUAGGACUUGAUCCAACAGCAAGGAAAAGGAUGAAUAAGAAACAGAUUGAGGUAUUCCAAAAGUUCCUCGAAGAUCGUCGAAAAAAGGCUGAAGCUUCCGGUGAAGAGUUUCAGAUCUUUACGAAGGAUUUUAUAGCCUUGAAACCGAGGCUCAAUGAACUUGGUCCACCAUUUAGAUCAGUGAAUCAAUGGAAAUUGACUUAUAAGCACACAAAAAAGAAUUCAUUGAAAGCUUUUGCCAAAAAUGUCCAUGAAAUCGGAUAUGAAUCCUCGGACGCUUACUACUUCACAAAUGAAUCUUCAGAUCACAGCAGUGAUUCAGAACAACCUUCCAUGGCUUGAAUUUCAGAUUCAACAGUAAAUGCUCUCAAAAUUUUGUAAAUUUAUUUAUUGUAUAAUAAUUAAGAAUAAAUAAAUGUUAAUUUAUUAUAAA